AUGGCAUCGGAGAAUUCCAGCGUUGGCAGUUUCCGACCAGACGCCGCCGCUGAAGAAGAUUCUCUCCGAUGGGCUGCUCUUCAAAGGCUUCCUACUUAUCAAAGGGCUCGUAAAGCCCUUCUGCAUGGUGUUGCAGGGGAGUUGAAGGAAAUUGAUCUUCAAAAGCUUAAUGUUAAGGAAACCAAAGAACUUUUAAACAGAGUGGUCAAAAAUGCUGAAAGUAAUGAGGAAUUUCUUCACAAACUCAAGAACCGAAUCGACAGAGUUUCUCUUGAUUUACCAACAAUUGAAGUGCGAUUCCAGAAUCUUAACGUUGAUGCUGAAGCAUACUUGGGGAAAUCAGCUUCCCCCACAAUCUUUAGAUAUUUUAUAGACCUCGCACAGAGUGCAGCAAAUUGCAUUCAUUUAUAUUCAACCCAAAAGCAGCAAGUCUCAAUCCUUUCUGAUGUUAGUGGAAUUAUCAAACCAGGAAGAAUGACCUUACUUCUUGGACCUCCAGGUUCUGGCAAGACAACUUUGCUAAAAGCCUUAUCUGGGAAACUCGAAUCAAAUCUACGGUUUUCUGGGAUAGUAACUUAUAAUGGCCAUGAAAUGAAGGAAUUUGUUCCUCAAAGAACUGCUGCUUACAUCAGUCAGUAUGACAUUCACGUUCCUCUGUUGACAGUAAGGGAAACCUUAGCGUUCUCAGCAAGAUGUCAAGGAGUUGGCACUGGCUAUGAUAUGCUUACUGAGCUUUUGAGGAGGGAAAAGCAGCUUAAUAUCAAGCCAGAUCCUUAUAUUGAUGCAUUAAUGAAGGCAUCAGUAUUGAAAGGACAAAAGGAAGAUAUUGUUACAGAGUAUAUACUCAAGAUAUUGGGAUUGGAUAUUUGUGCAGAUACCAUUGUAGGAAAUGAGAUGUUAAGAGGUAUUUCAGGAGGACAGAAAAAGAGAGUGACCACAGGAGAGAUGCUGGUUGGUCCUGUCAAUGCGCUUUUCAUGGACAAUAUAUCUACUGGUCUUGACAGUUCAACUACAUUCCAAAUUGUGAACUGUAUUCGUCAAUCCAUUCACAUUUUCAAUAAGACUGCGGUGAUCUCUCUUCUCCAACCUCCACCGGAGACUUUCGAGCUAUUUGAUGAUAUCAUUCUUUUGUCAGAAGGUCAUAUUGUGUACCAAGGUCCACGGGAACAUGUUCUUGAGUUUUUUGAAUCCAUGGGCUUCAAAUGUCCUGAAAGGAAGGGUGUAGCCGAUUACCUGCAGGAAGUUACAUCAAGAAAGGAUCAAAGACAAUACUGGAAGAAUCAUGAUAUCCAAUAUCGUUAUAUUUCAGCCGACGAGUUUGUGGAGGCUUUCAAGUCAUUUCAAAUAGGUAUUGCAAUAGAGCAUGAGCUUGCUAUCCCAUUUCAAAAGUCCAACAGCCACCCAGCAGCUUUAACAAAAACUAAAUAUGGAGCUACCAAGAAAGAAUUAAUGAAGGCAUGCCUAUCAAGGGAAGUUACUUUAAUGAAGAGGAGUGCAUCUCUCCACAUUUUCAAGAUUAUUCAACUUGAAAUCUCUGCUAUAGUUGUAGCAUUAGUGUUUGCUCAAGCUAGAAAGCAGCAUGAUAAUAUUCAAGAUGGACUUGUCAAAUUGGGAGCUAUCUAUUUUGGACUCAACUCGUUAACAUUUACCGGAUUCUUUGAACUGCCAUUAACAAUUGACAAACUCCCUAUAUUUUACAAGCAAAGAGACUCCCUUUUCUACCCAUCAUGGGCAUUUUCACUGCCAUCCUCUAUCCUUGGAAUUCCUGUGUCUUUUAUUGAAGUAGCUCUUUGGGUUGCCACAACGUAUUAUGCUAUAGGAUUUGAACCUAGCUUCACAAGGGUGCUUAAACAAUUUUUUGUUUACACAUUGAGUGGACAAAUGUCAUAUGCUUUAUUCAGAUGUAUUGCAGCAUUGUCCAGGGAUCAUGUUGUUGCAAAUACAGGAGGAUGCCUUGGUGUAUUAUGGCUUCUGAUAUUUGGUGGAUUCGUUUUAUCACAUAAUAAUAUGCAGAAGUGGUUGUCUUGGGGAUAUUGGACCUCGCCACUAAUGUAUGCACAAACGGCACUAUCGAUCAAUGAAUUUCUUGGUGAUAAUUGGAAUCGUGUUCUUAACGGAUCAACCGAGUCUCUGGGAGUUUCAGUCUUGAAAUCACGUGGGCUUUUCGCUAAUCCAUACUGGUAUUGGGUAUGUCUUGUUGCAUUGAUAGGAUUUAUAAUCCUUUUCAACGUAAUUUCUGCAGUGGCUCUGGCAUUUUUUAAUGAAUAUGGGAAAUCACAAACAGUAAUCCCUCACAAAAAGACUGAGAACAAGGAACAGUCUGACAUGGUCGGCGAGGAAAAGGAUCCCUUAUUCGAGGACACUAAACCAAGCUCAAUCAGGAGUAAAACUGACAACAUGUGUAAAAAUUCUGAGGUCAAUAGACAUACCAAUCAAAAGAUGCUUCUUCCAUUCACGCCACUCUGCAUAACGUUUGAGAACGUCAAAUACUCAGUAGAUAUACCAAACGCAAUGAAAAUUCAAGGUGAAUCUUCGGGUCGGUUGGAACUUCUGAAGGGAGUUAGUGGAGCUUUCAGGCCUGGAAUUCUAACAGCACUAAUGGGUGUUAGUGGUGCCGGAAAAACAACGCUCUUGGAUGUGUUAUCUGGAAGAAAAAACAGUGGUUACAUUGAAGGAAGUAUCAGAAUAUCAGGCUUUCCCAAGAAACAGGAAACUUUUGCUCGAGUUUCUGGCUACUGUGAACAAAAUGACAUUCAUUCACCUUAUGUUACCGUGUAUGAGUCCCUCAUAUAUUCAGCAUGGCUUAGAUUGCCUUCAGAAGUUGACUCAAAGACUUUAGAGCUUUUUGUUGAAGAAAUCAUGGAGCUGAUUGAAUUAACACCAUUAAGAGAUUCGUUGGUUGGAUUUCCAAAUGUGAACGGAUUAUCCAUCGAGCAAAGAAAAAGGUUAACCAUUGCUGUUGAGCUUGUUGCUAACCCUUCGAUAAUAUUCCUGGAUGAGCCAACCUCGGGUUUAGAUGCUCGAGCAGCUGCCAUUGUAAUGAGAACUGUGAGAAAUACAGUUGAUACAGGAAGAACAGUAGUAUGCACAAUUCACCAGCCAAGCAUUGAUAUAUUUGAAUCAUUUGAUGAGCUCAUUUUAUUGACAAGAGGAGGUGAAGAAAUAUAUGUGGGUCCUUUGGGGCCACAGUCUUGCCUCUUAAUCAAGUAUUUUGAGGAAAUCCAUGGAGUUGAUAGCAUAAGGGAUGGAUAUAAUCCAGCAGCAUGGGUUUUGGAAAUGACAACAAGAACACAAGAAGAUAUUCUAGGCAUAAAAUUUGCUGAAAUAUACAAGAAAUCCGAUCUUUUUAGGAGAAAUGAAGCUUUGAUUAAAGAGUUGGGUGAACCUCAUCCAGAUUCUCAAGAUCUUCAUUUUCCAUCAAAGUACCCACAUUCCUACUUGACUCAGUUCAAAGCCUGCCUAUGGAAGCAACACAAAUCGUAUUCCCGGAACACUGCAUACACUGCCGUCCGGCUGGUGUUUAGUGCUUCAAUGGGACUUAUGUUUGGAGCUGUUUUUUUGGGGCUUGGCAGCAAGAGGAACACAAAGCAAGAUAUUUUCAAUAGCAUUGGUGCUAUGUACAUUGCAAUUAACUUCAUGGGGUCACAAGGCGCUCUUACGGUACAACCUGUGAUCAUCACCGAGCGAACCGUUUACUACCGCGAGCGGGCUGCUGGAAUGUAUUCUGCUUUGCCUCAUUCUUUUGCUCAGGUUGCAAUCGAGAUCCCAUACACCUUGCUUCAGGUAUCACUUUAUGCACUUAUAGUGUAUGCAAUGAUGGGAUAUCAAUGGACAGCAACCAAGUUCUUCCUCAAUUUCUUCUUCAUGUACAUCACGAUUCUUUACUUUAUAUACUAUGGUAUGAUGGUGAUAUCAGUGAGUCCUAACCAAGCAACUGCCACUAUACUUUCUGGCCUCUUUUACGCCUUCUGGAACCUUUUCACCGGUUUCGUCAUCCCCCGAACGAGAAUUUCUGUAUGGUUGAGAUGGUAUUCUUGGAUUUGUCCAGUUUCAUGGAGUUUGUAUGGAUUGGUGACUUCCCAAUUUGCUGAUAUAAAAACUAAAGUUGAGACAGGGGAGACAGUGGGUGAGUUUAUUAACCAAUAUUAUGGGUUUAGAUAUCAGUACUUGUGGAUGGUUACAGUUGCUCUUUUAGGCUUCACUUUGCUCUUCAUUUUGGUGUUUGUUUACUCGGCCAAGUUCUUGAACUUUCAAAGAAGAUGACAAACACAUACAUUUGAGCUUCUCAUUACAUUAUAUGAGAGUGACAAGAUUGGUUAUCUUUUUCUAUUUGAAUCUUCAAACUACUUCAAUCUUGUCUAGUCACCUUAUUAGGAUUUGACAUAUAGUGUAUGUUCUCUUUUGUUUAGUAGUUUGAUGUGAGAGAGAGAUUGAAUAAUUUAUAAGUCCGAAUAAUUAUCUAUAAUAUUUUCAUUAGUCAUUUUUAUUAUUA